AUCGAAAAGAUGGCUGACGCUCAAAAAUAUCAGAAGUUGGCCACGGAAUAUGCAAAGCUCAAAGCACAGAUCCCUGUUCUCAAGAAGGCCUAUAUAGAAGAGCAAGCAGCUUGUAAUGAACUAAAAGAAAAACUCAAAGAAUGUGAGCAGUCUGUCCGUAAAUAUGAACAGGAAGUGGACAGCUUGACCUUCCGAAAUCAGCAGUUGUCAACCAGAGUCCUCAUUCUGCAGGAAGAACUCGACGAAGCGGAAGCCAGCAAAAAGAAGCAUAAACAUAAACAUGAUACAAGUGCGGUGAAUCUACCAUCUCCUUCUUCAGUCUACAAUGAAGAACUCAUGAACAAGAUACAGGAGAACGAGAGACUACAUAAACAGGUGGCCGAGAGUAACCAGAAAUACCAGAGUAGAGUGGAGGAGCUAGAGAGAUCAGUGGAGGACUACAAGAGAAAAUUUAGUCAACACCAAGAAGUAUUAGACACCACAGUACAGAAGGAUAAAUCCCAGAUAGACAAGUUACAGGAGGAAAAAGCCAUGCUGGAGGUCAAAUGUCAGAAACUGGAGAAAGAUAUCAAAACCUGCAGGUCACGGACCGACCUAGCGGAGAACCAGUUGAAGACAGUACAGUUCCAUUUACAGAGACAAUUAGAGCAGGCCAACAAAAUCAUUGCAGACAAGCUGCCUUUCAUUGAUACAAAAAACAGAGAUCUGAAUGGUUUGAAUUUGCCAACACAUGACAGGCGGCACCAGUUACAAGCUCGGGAACUAGUCAGCCAGGCGACCAAUCACAUGACAGAGCUUAUACAGGCUUUGUCCAACUUCUACACAUACUCAGAGCAGCGGUCUAAAAUUUACCCUGCUGACGGAACGCACGAACCCUACAGUCCAAUCAAUGUACAGUACUGUAAAUAUCUCCACGAAAACCUGACCUACCUCCGACCUGUAGAGCAGUCAUUGAAGCAUUUCCUGUCCACACUGAAUGAGGACUCCCUGACCACUCUGGAAACAGCAACAGAAUUGCAGCCUUUUGCUGUUAAUUUUAAGAAAAUGGUAGCCUACAUGAAUAAGUUAUUACCAUAUCAACUGAGAAGUAUUGAGGAGGAGUGUGCUGUGUCUUCCUGUACCUCUUCUCUGGAAUCCAAGAACAUGGAACUCCACGCCUCCCUGAAGCACCUUACUGCUGUCUUUAACAAGCUUGAUACUUAUGUAGAACUCCUGGCAGCCCAGAGCAGUAAAUCCUGUUGUCACCCACAGAAAAACCACGCCCACUUUUUCUCCCACCUUUGUCAAGCCUUAAAAGACCUGAACAAUUCUGUUAGAGAGGUAUCCAAACACUAUAAUUCCAAAGUUUCUUUGGAGCACCAACUUCCUACAGCUACACAGAAACUGAAAACCACAGACGAGUGUGUCGUAUCUUCACUGAUUUCACUAGUCACCUGUACAGGGAAGUUUUCAGCUUUUCUGUCUGGGAACCUUGAGUUUUUUGGUCAGUCAGCUGGUUAUAGAACCCGAGGGAGUAGUAUAGGUACAGAGGUCCCAGCCGAGGGUCCGCGUUCAAAUCCCGCCAUAGUCUGCUACCGACAGAAGGCUGCCGGUUAUCUGGGCUCCCUGGCAGGGCCAGUGCCGGACUCUGUUCCCCACAAAGUGGCCGUACAGAACAGACAGACAUUACUGAGUUCUGCUGAGAGCAAGGAAGGGUUGUCCAAACAGUUGGUCACAUCCCAGCAGCGUGUGGGAAAACUAGAACAGGAAAAAGAGCACUGGAUGUUAGAACUACAACUUCUGCAGAUCAAAUACGACAAUGAAAUUCAGAAGGUAAAGAAAUUGGAGAAGGAGGUCUCAUUAAGACAGAGUGCCCCCCGGGACUCUAUAGAGGACAAUAUCAGUAUAACCCCCAAAGACAGAACGGCCUCAUCUAACAGUGGCAAGUUACUCAUCACCAGUGCUCUGCUAGGACAAUUGGACCAAGUGACUGGUGGGGCUAGUGAUAGUGAAACCAGAGAAAUCUUGAUAAAAAAUCACUUCACCAAACGGAUCAAUGAGAUGAUGUUACAACACCAGCAGUUAGACAGCAAGUGUGUCUCAUUCCACUCAGAGGUCAGGGCAUUACACAAGCAGCUUCAGAUAGCAAACAAGGUGAAAACUCUCGCUGAAGAAGAACUGAAGUCUACAUCACAGAAUCUGGCCCAACUUAAGGAUGAGUUACAGACGACCACGAAGAGUUACGAGGGCCAGCUUAGUAUGAUGAGUGAACACCUGGCAGGAAUGAAUGAAAAACUCACCCAGCAAAAGGAUGAAAUUGACGACCUACGAUCCCAACUUAGUACUGCUAAGGUACCCUCAUCUAAGUCCAGCAAGAAGUCCAGAAAGUGAGGAAUACAGUGACAUUCUAUAACACAUUCCAGCCACUAGUUGGAUCGAGGAUCCAUUGGGUAUAAUCAUUAUACAAUGGACUUGCCAUUCAAUAAUUGACCGUUUUAGUAUUGAUAAGAAUAAAAACUAUUGUUAUAAGGUUGUUGAUAUGAUGAUAUACCUUCAUCAUGUGAAGCCAUACUUGUGCAAUAUUCAUGUAUAACUGCUAUGUCAAUUUGUUAUCUGUGAUUCAUGAUUUUAAAUAGAUUUGUUGUAGUCUUG